AAUAAGUAAAUAAAUGUUAAAUGCGUUAAUAAACAAAUAGCUGCAAACAUCAGUAUUACUUUCUUUGUCUUUUACUGUUAUUCUCACAACACUGCCUUCCAUUCUGGCGUAUAACAGAUAUGUAUCUGAAAAAGCGUCUACACCUACUGACAAAGAUAAUUGGGGAUAAACUGUGACAGUCUUCACCUAGCACUAGCUUUCCUUAUUGGGGAGGUGGGAUGAUGAAAAAUGAUACCCUUUGCCAUUAUAAUGACCAAGCAAGUAGAAAUUGACGAUAAAAGUGAAGUACAUUUCAGACUUGUCAUGACACCAUUUUCAAGUUAAAAAAGAUAAGAAAUAAACUGCCAGGAAAAGAUAAAACAUAUUAAAUAAUUAAUCAAUCUGGGGCUAUACGGCAUGGGGGCGCGUUCCCCAGGUGGCGGAUAGGGAGCCCUCCCUUUGGGGGGUUGCACCUGAACAAUACGGAAUAGGGUGCCGCGGACCGACAUAGCCUAGGAGAAGGACAACUCUGAUCUCAAAACCCAGGUAGAUGGAGCUCGAUAGCCUUGGUAGGCAGUCCGUCUAGGAGAAGGAGAACUCUGAUUCUAAACCACGUGUGGAUGGAGCUCGUUAGCCUUGGUCGGCAAUCCAUCUACGAGAAGGAAAAAUCAGAAACCAAACCAACCGGCCCUCCAGGUUCGGGGGUUGGGCGCUGGGCUAACAACCCAGCACUGGAAUAAAAAACAGACCUGUUACAGAAACCCCAACAACAAAUCCAGAAAACAACUUGGUUGCAGAAGAGUCCUCUCCAGUAGAGCCUAUGAUGCGGGCUGGUGAAAGCCUUCGGGAGGCCAAUGUGCAGACAACUCUUCUGUCAGCCAAAAGCAAGAUCAGAAUAGGGACCUGGAACAUCCGAACCCUAUAUGAGGCAGGGAAAUCUGCACAAGUGAGCAGGGAAAUGCAUCACUACAACCUCAAGAUGCUAGGGCUGUGUGAAACACACUGGAACGGCACUGGAUGAACGCAACUGACGAGUGGUGACACUAUCAUCUAAUCCGGACAUGGGGAAAGACACCCACACGUUCAAGGAGUAGCCCUGCUUCUGACAACUGAGGCAGCACAGGCACUACUCUCCUGGGAGCCAGUAUCACUGAGGCUCCUGACGGCAAGGUUAAACUCCAAGGGGAGGAAAGUCACCGUCAUCCAGUGCUAUUCACCCACCAACGCAGCAGAGACCACGGAAAAGGAGGCAUUCUACGAACAGCUCCAGGCAGUGAUGGAUAAGCUGCCAAGAAGAGACCUGAAGAUCCUAAUGGGUGACCUCAGGGCAAAAGUGGGGGCAGACAACACCAACAGAGAACUCGUCAUGGGAAAACAUGGAGUUGGCGUCCAGAACGAGAAUGGAGAGCUACUUACUGAGUUCUGCACUUUCAACGACCUGGUCAUUGCAGGCACCGUGUUCCAGCAUAAGCAGAUCCACAAGACGACAAGGACAUCACCAGAUGGGAGGACUGUGAACCAAAUCGAUCACAUCACCAUCGGAAGAAAGAGGAGGAGAAGCUUGCUGGACGUCAGAGUCAAACGAGGGGCAGACGCAGCCUCGGACCAUCACCUGGUGGUGGCAGACCUGAAAGUCAAGCUGAAAGUCUACAGAGACCGAGUAGACAGGCCAUCCCACAAAUACAACAUACACAGCUUGAAAGACAAAACAAAGGCUGAGAUCUACCAAUGUGAACUGAGAAACCGGUUCAGUGCACUCGCCCACCAACCAGAAGAAUCAGUAGAGGAGAAAUGGCGUGGCCUGAGGGACACCUGGAAGGCCACAUGUAACAAGGUCCUGGGGAAGAAAACUAGAUAACACAAAGAGUGGCUGUCAGCCAAUACCUGGACCCUCAUCAACAAGAGGAAACAGCUGAAGAACGGCAUCAAUCACACCCAAGACCUGCAACAGAAGCAAAAUCUACGGGCCCAGUACUGGGAGUUGAACCGACAGGUCAAGAAAAGCACCAGAGCGGACAAGAGGAGCUUCAUACACGAUCUCACAGAAGAAGCAGAAACAGCAGCUGGCAAAAGAGACAUGAAGAGGCUGUAUGAGAUCACAAGAACACUGUCAGGGAAGAAUAAGGCCCCCUCAAGACCAGUGAAAGACAAGAACGGCGAGACCAUCACAGAUGAAGCCAAAGAGAGAGCAACAUGGUCAGAACACUUCCAAGAGAUUCUCAACAGACACCCACCUCAAGUCCCACCUGACAUCCCACCAGCAGCAAACCAGCUAAAGGUGAACAUCAAUCCACCAACCAAGGCCGAGGUCAGCAAAGCCAUCAAGUCCUUGAAGUCAGGCAAGGCAGCAGGCCCAGACGGCAUUCCACCAGAAGCACUAAAGGCGGACGUCCAGACCUCCACAGAGAUGC